UAUGAGUUUUUUUCGUGCAUUUCGGAUCUAUAUUUCGUCCGACUACUUGUUUCUUUCUUCUUUUAUCAGUUCAAAUGAGUGAAAAUGAAGACAUUUGGGUAUUGGAGUCAUAAGAUUUCGAGCUUCUCUUCUGAUCAGACCUUAAUCGACCUGCUUCCUUUAACUGCCCCUUCUUCGUUCAGAGGAGACAUGAAUAUUCAAAAGCAGAGAAAUUGUCCUAAAUUGCCAUCCGAUUCUAGUUCUUGCAGCAGUGAUACUACUAAUGAAAAACAGUUAAUGUUUGCGUUCACUUCUACAUCUUCAAAACAAUCGACUGGGACACCGAUGAAUAAGUUGUUGGCGCGAGAGAUGUCCAAAGAAAAUGAACCUAGAAGACGGUCACCGAGUAUUAUUGCAAGGUUGAUGGGGCUUGAUGGACUGCCGCCUCGGCAGCAUGGCCACAAGCAUCAAAACGGAAUCGAGAGUAGUCAGGGUAGUACAUUCGAUAGCUGGCAAUCUUCUAGGAAAAGUUCUAAGGAUGAGCAGGAAUUUAAAGAUGUUUUUGAAGUUUUAGAUGCAUUGAAAAUGGAGAGUGCGGGUUUCUCUCAAGGUUCUGCGAAUUCAAACCUUUCCGAUGCGAAGGUAGCCUUUAUUGGGCAGAAAUUUAUGAAGGCCAAACGUCUUUCAACCGACGAAAAGCUUCAAGAUUCUAAGGAAUUCAAUGAUACCCUCGAGGUGUUAGACUCCAACACUGAUCUUCUGCUGAAAUUCUUUCAACAACCUGAUUCAUUAUUCACAAAGCAUUUGCAUGAUUUGCGAGGAAUGCCACCCCAGUCCCAUUGUAGCCAUGUAUCCGCUAUAAAGUCAUCACGCACUCUGAAUAAGGAGAAUGGUAGCUUAGCACACAAAAAUGGGAGUAAAACUCGUACGAAGCAUCACUGUGAAUCUCCUCAGGGACAUCAAGAAGGUUGUCCGAGUCACCCUCAUGGGAGAUGUGCUGCUCACAAUCCCCCCAAGUCACCUACGUUUCAAUUAGAAGAGACAAAAGGGCAAGCUUUUGUACCUACAAGAAUUGUUGUCUUGAAACCAAAUCUUGGGAAGUUGCAGAACUCUUCCAGAACUUCUUCAUCACCUCGUUCUUCUCAUCAUUUUCCAUCCAAGUUCACAAGACACUCAGAAAUUUUGGGGGUCGAAGAUAAGGAGGCAGAAAUGCGGGGGAAGAAUAAUGUUCAUCAAGAUACUGUGUUUUCAACGCAUAAUCCUAGAGACUCUAGGGAAAUGAUGGGCAAGGAGAUUACGAGGAAAAUGAAAAAUAGCUUUAACAAUAACUCCAUGACUAUUUCGACCUCCAAGUUGAGAGGAUAUGCAGGGGAUGAGAGUUCAUGUGAUGUAUCCGGAUCUGAAUCUGCAAAUGAUUCAGAUGUAACAACAUUGUCCUACAGAGAUAACAUUGGCUGGAAUGAGCGACAUAGAGGUCAUCAUCCCGUUCUAGUGAAUCAUCAGUCAGUAGAGAGGCCAAGAAUAGAUUGUCUGAGAGGUGGAAAAUAA